AUGGAACAAGUGCGAUAUGUCUUGGGUGUUGAUGCUCUGGGUUGGGCUCCGAAUGAUGAGCACGAUAUUGUGAAAGAAGUGGCCGACGAUAUGAAGACCAAAAUGCUUGAAGCGGCUGGGAGUCCUGAAGAUGUUAUCGGUGUCCGAGAUCAUUUUCCUUUUCAAGAUUUCGAUGAAGGCGCCAGAUAG